AUGCAAAAGCCAGAAAAAAAUCAUCACAUCCUCAGGGUCAUAUUCACAAAGUACAUUCUACAGAAUCCAAUUAACAGAAAAUUGAUGCUGCCAGUCUUCUUUACAAUGAUCAUAGCCAAGUACACUGAAGUGUUAGGCGCCAGACAAACUGAAAAUAUUUCCAAAAUGAUUAAAUCAGGUGAAACACACCUUUCGACCCUACUGAUGUACUCUCUUGUAUACGUCGUUAGCAUCGUGCUUGUUGAGAUACAGUCGUUCUUCAUAUGCAGGGUUGGACAGGCUGGAUACCGGCUGGCCAACAGAGACACUCUUGGGUAUUUUCUAGAUCUUGAUCCUGCAAGAUUUAAUGGUUUUGGAUUGGGCGAGAUUCAAAAUACAGUAUUGAGAAGAAGCCAGGCAGUGCAGGACAUGAUCGAUGUGUUCACACUUAACUUUUUCCCCACAUUUUUAACGAUUUUGUUCGUCUCAUAUGAAGUUUUCAGGGGUAUGGGCUGGUUUGUUGUUAUGAUAAUUAAUAUUAGCGUGGUGGUUUACCUGAUGCUUACAAUAAAAAUAACAGAAUGGAGAAAUAAAAUGAGAAAGAAGCUAAAUGCUGCUCAGAAUAAGACAUCAAACCUAAUGAUGGAUAGUCUCUGCAACUUUGAAACUAUCUUUUCCUAUAAAAGCAUUGAUUGCGAGCUUCAUAAAUAUAACAGUUCGUUGAAGAAUGUCGAGUAUUAUUCAACAGAAAUAGCCAGAUCUAUGUAUCUACUAAAUUUGUCGCAGAGAGGUGUCUGGUGUGCAAUGUCCAUCUGUAUUAUCUUUGUAUCUUGUUAUGGAUCGUCUCAGCGAAUUUCUAUUGAAAAAUUUACCUUUUUAAUCUAUAUCACAGGACUGAUCAUGAAGGCACUGGAUAAUUUUGGAUUUAUGUAUGGAAAGUACAAGGCUGCAAUAAUCAAUGCCAAGGUCAACGGCAUAGAGAUGGCAGAAUGCAGGCCUGAUGGGUAUAGAACUGCCUUUAGACUAAACAAUCAAAUUGUGGCCAGUAAUUUGACUAUUAAAAAGGGCAUCAAUUGUAUUAUCGAGAAUGCCAGCUUUUCCAUUAAAAGGGGAGACAAAGUUGCAAUUAUUGGCAAAAAUGGAUCGGGAAAAUCAACGCUGCUAAAAUCGCUGAUAAAAUUAAAUGACUUUGAAGGAGAACUGAUGGUUGACAAUAUUAGGUUAAAAGAUCUCACCGAUGCAUCGCUCAAAAGCAUAAUAACAUUUAUUCCGCAAUCAGCUAUUUUAUUUGACGAUACAGUCAUGGCAAACAUUAAAUACGCCAACGGAAAACUCUUUGAUGAAGAAAUCUUCAGAGCAAGCAAGGAAAUUGGCACACACGAGUCAAUCAUAAAGCUUCAAAAUGGAUACUACACCCUGGUGGGCGAGCAAGGUAAAUUGCUUAGUGGCGGGGAAAGGCAGAAGAUAUUGCUGCUGAGAGCAAUUUUACGACAGUCCUCGAUUUUACUGCUAGACGAAUCAACUGCAAGUCUGGACAAGGAAUCAGAGCACAAGAUACUAAGCUCAGUAUUGAAAAUGCAAAACUUGACAGUUAUAGCCAUCAUUCAUAACUUGGAGCUUAUAUCUCUAUUUAACAAGGUAUUGCUGGUAAAUGAUAAGAAAGUUGAGGAAGUUAGCCAACUGAAUGUGCUUGGAGAUGAAUGUAAUGAUGAUAGUAUUAAUUAA